CGGGGGGGGAGGGCGCGUGUCAGCCUGCGGUCCACAUCGCACUAUGGACGCGUUUCGACGGACCGCGUUCAGGAAGAAGACCACCGUCACCGAAGAGGAGGAGGAGGAGGAAGGAGAACGCUCGCGCUCUGCAGAGAAGAAAGGCAAGCAGAACAGUUUGGCUGCAAGGGUGAGAAGAGCUGCUGAUGACACUUGUGUGGAGCUGAAGAUCACUCAACAGAAAGCCUCAUUUGACCCCGAUGGGCAGCGUUUCCGAGACCCCCGCUGUGUGAGAUCCCUCCGGACCCGCAGGUGUGGGGAGAGCAACCAGGCAAGCGUAAAUGGAAGAGGCCGCAUUCGGCCUUCGCUCCACUGCAAACCGCCAGUGCCUGCAAAGCCGCCAUACCUGCAGAACGCGGUGACGGAUCCGCGGCCAGCGUCUUUACGUACGGGACCAUUCAGAUCCAGGAUGGAGGAAGUAGGAAGAGGAAAGUUGAAGGAGAAACCUUCCAAGGUGUCAACCCUCAUCAGUCAGUUUGAGGAGAACAGCUGCAGCAAGACGAGAAGGGACGGCCCGCUGCUCAAGCAGGCCCUCAGAGUGUCCUCCGGCAGCAGUCUGCCGUGCAAGGGCCCCCAGAGGCCGAGGGAGCCUCCGCCGCCCUCAGCGGCGCCGACCACGGAGACGGGUUCCGAAACGGAUGCCCCAAAAGAUGACCUUCAGCAAGCCCCCAACGGAGCGCUAGUUCCGAUGGAGCCCUCGGAAGGCCGGUCGGAGGACGCCCCCGCUCCGGAGGAACGCGGCGCCCCGCAGGCAGAUGCCGUCCUCGUGAACGGAGACGCCGGGGACGAGUCUUCGGACGGCCAGUCUGACACGGACAGGACCGACUCCGAGUCGAAGGGCCUUCCUCGGGAGCGAGGAGGACGAGAGGAGGACAGCAGCUCUCCUCAGGAGGAAGAGAAAGCGGAACCAAAGGAAACGAAUGAACAGAAACUGUACAACAUCGCCAACGAGCUCCUGAUGACUGAGAAGGCCUACGUGUCCAGACUGAACCUGCUGGAUAAUGUGUUUUGUGCCAAUCUGAUGGAGGAGGCCAUGAAAGGCACUUUCCCAGCAGAUGUGGUGAGGAACAUCUUCUCCAACAUCUCCUCCAUCCACGUCUUCCACGCCCAGUUUCUGCUGCCCGACCUGGAGAAACGCAUGAGCGAAUGGUCAUCCUGUCCACGGAUCGGGGACAUACUGCUGAAGCUCACGCCAUUCCUGAAGAUGUAUGCUGAAUAUGUGAAGAACUUUGACAAUGCCAUGGAACUCCUGAAGCUCUGGACAGAAAAGUCACCUCUGUUCAAGGCCAUCAUCCAAGACAUUCAGAGCCAGGAGGUGUGUGCCAGCCUCACCCUACAGCACCACAUGCUGGAACCAGUGCAACGGGUACCCCGCUAUGAGAUGCUUUUGAAGGACUACCUGAAGAAGCUGCCCCAAGACGCCUCAGAUCGUCACGAUGCCGAGAAGUCCUUGGAGAUCAUCGCUAUGGCAGCAACUCAUUCCAACAGUGCCAUCCGAAAAACGGAGAACCUAAAGAAACUGCUGGAGAUCCAUGAGAUGCUGGGGGGUGAAGGAGAUAUUGUCAAUGCCUCCAACGAGUUCAUCAAGGAGGGCAGCAUUCUUAAACUUGCAGCCAGGAACACGUCAGCCAUGGAGAGGUACCUCUUCCUGUUCAACAACGUCCUGCUGUACUGCGUGCCCAAGUUCAGCCUAGUGGGGCAGAAGUACACCGUCCGCACGCGAAUCGGUAUCGACGGCCUGAAGGUGGUGGAGACCUCCAACGAAGACUAUCCUCACACUUUCCAAGUGUCUGGCAAGGAGAGGUCCCUGGAACUUCAGGCCAGCUCGGAGCAGGACAAAGAGGACUGGAUAAAGGCUUUUCAAGAGACAAUUGCGAUCUUCCACCAGAAGAACGAAACCUUCAAAACGGCCUCCAAAGAGGUGGACGUGGAAGUGUCGGCCGCUGAGCUGGGGAAGCGUGCCCCCCGCUGGAUCCGAGACAACGAGGUGACGAUGUGUAUGAAAUGCAGGGAACCCUUCAAUGCCCUGACGCGGCGGCGUCAUCACUGUCGAGCCUGCGGCUAUGUGGUGUGCUGGAAGUGCUCCGAUUACAAGGCUGCACUGGAAUAUGACAACAACAAGGUGAACAAGGUCUGCAAGGACUGUUAUUCCAUCCUGUCAGGCCAGUUGGACAGUGAUGAAAGGGCCAAGAAGAAGGGCAUCCUUGAGAUCGAGGCAGCCCAGUUCUCGGGGAACAGCAUUGUAUGCGGCUUCCUGCAGUACAGUGAAAAGACCAAGCCUUGGCAAAAAAUGUGGUGUGUCAUCCCCCAGACGGAAGCCCUGGUCCUGUACCUAUAUGGUGCUCCUCAGGACGUGAAGGCACAGUCGACCAUCCCUCUGCUUGGCUACGCUGUGGAGGACGGACCCCGGUCAGCUGACGUGCCCCAUAGCUUCCGCCUCACCCAGUCCAAAUCGGUCCACAGCUUCUACGCGGAGAGUGAGGAGCUGAAGCAGCGAUGGCUGCGGGUGAUCCGGGUUGCCGUGAUAGGUGAGGUGCCAGAAGCACCUCCCUGUACUGAAGGUGGCACAGAAGGUGUCGAGGACAAUGGGGUGAACAACUUCUGAGGAACUCGUACACGACUCGACAGCUGUUUUCUCCACAUUCGGGCUAAUUCUUCUCAUCAGGGACCGUCUACUGAAUCAACACUAGAAUUGCUGCAACCACCUGUUGCCUGUAGGCAUCUGCCCUUUCCUCCUCCUUCAGAUCGACUGCUGGAGCCUUGUCACCUUUGGUACAAAUGGACCUUGUGCAUCCUUUUUCCUCAAUAUGCUGAAGGCACUGCUUGCUGUGUGUGAAAAGCACACCAACUCUGCAUCAGAGUUUUUUUUUUUUUUUUUUUUCCCCCCCCCCUCUCUCUCGCUCUUCUCCAGCAGGGAGUGGGAUGGAGAAGGAUGCCACUGCAAGCUGGGACUCAGACCCCCAUGACUUACUGGGCAUGGUGCGAGUUGUCUUUAGAUCAGAGCAACAAGACACUGCAACUGGAGCCCAUGGAUGUGAAAAGAGCCUCUCAAAAUUUAUUACAAAUCAAGUGAUCUCCAGGAAACAACUUCGCUUUUGACAUUGAUGUUUUGAGCUGAAUUAUUAAACAUGAUCUCCUCAGUGCCAAGGCAGGUGCAGAUGUGGAGUUCAAACAAUGCCCCCCCAACCCAUUGUACAUUGCUUUGUGUCAGAGGUGCCUGUAACCAGUAGCAUUGUAGUUAUGCACAUCACCCACAGUGUGGAGUACUCAAGCUAAGGUAAGUAGUGUCAAAUGUACAUUGUGCUAGGCUGUGAUUGAAGAACAGGGUGUUUCUGCUCUGUGUUAACUAUUGAAAUGUACAAUCCACUGCUGUGUUGAUGCAUUGUUUCUCACAGGAAUCAAUCAAGGACUUUGGAUAAGGUGAGGAGUACACAUUGGGUAUUUAACUGUUUUCUGCCCUGUUUCUAUUGGACUUCUGUUAAGCCAUAUGUAUAGAUAUUUUUUUCUUGUACCUGAGUGCAAAUGGAAGGACUGACUAGAAUAGCAGCUGCUGCAAGGAUUUUUCAAGCUAACUUCUAACCUUUACAUAAUACAUGUCUGUGCUGUAUGACUUCUGUUGUGAAAUCUGAAUGUAUGACCAGAUUCAUGUACACUCUUUUUUCCAAAAUGACAUGAGCUAGUGCACUUUAUGGUCCAAUAAAGCAAUAAGAAAUUAAAUGUGCUUUCAAGUAGUGGGCCCUCACCUUCCACAUCAACCCUACAGGAUCUGAGUGUAGCCA